GCUGUGCACCAAAAUUGAGCACGUGACACCUUCUUGAAUGUCCCGUCAUCAACUUGGUUUUUGUGCUCCAAAAUUGACCACGUAUCCUCAUUCUCCACACACCACUUUUUACAAACCUUAUAUAUAAUCCUAUACUUAUGUAACAUGUAUAAAAAUACUAACAUUCUUUACACUCUAUACUCUAUAGUCAAAUACUAAAUAUUUUUCAUUGUGAGGAAGACAACAAUGGUGAUGAAAUUAAGGAAGACAACAAUGGUGAAGCCAUCAGCCGAAACACCUCAUCACGUCUUAAGAAACUCGAUUUUAGACCAAAUGGUGCCUAGACACAUUCAUGUCGCAACAAUUUAUAUCUACAAACCACCAAUAAUGUCUACAUUGUCUCUUGAUGACCAAUUCUUUGAUUCCAACAUACUCAAAGAUGCUCUAAGUAAGGUUUUAGUCCCAUUUUACCCCGUGGCCGGUCGCUUAAUUACCUCUAAAAAUGGGCGUAUCGAUAUUGAUUGUAACGGCGAAGGUGUCCUAUUUAUUGAAGCUGAGACUAGCUUUGUGCUCGAUGAUUUCGGCGAUUUUGUUCCGUCGCCUAAGCUAAGAUCUUUGUUGGUUCCUUCUGUUGAUUACUCUAAUGGAUUGUCUUCUUAUCCUCUCCUUCUAGUGCAGGUCACCUACUUCAAAUGUGGAGGAGUAUCCAUUGGUGUAGCCAUGGAUCACCAUGUAGUUGAUGGUUUCUCAGCCCUUCAUUUUUUCAAUUCAUGGUCAGAAAUGGCUCGUGGUAUUGAUCUCAAAACAUUACCAUAUAUAGAUAGAACUAUACUAUCUCCUCGUAACCCACCUAAACCUACAUAUGAUCACAUUGAAUACAAACCCACUACAACUCCUCAAUCUUUAACUAACAACAUUAUUGAUGUUUCUCUUUACAAGUUAACCAAUGAGCAAGUGAAGACAUUGAAAGCUAAAUGUUGUGGUAACAAACUUAGUUAUAGCACUUUUGAGAUAUUGGCAAGUCAUGUUUGGAAAUGUGCAUGUAAAGCAAGAAAACUUGGUCAUGAUCAAGAGACAAAAUUGCAUGUUGUGGUUGAUGGAAGAUCUAGGCUUCAACCACCUCUUCCUAUUGGUUACUUUGGUAAUGUAAUUUUCUCUACUACGCCGAUAAUCAGGGUUGGUGAAUUGAUGGAAUCGAAAUUAUGGUACGUUGUGAACCAGAUUCAGAGUACAAUAAAGAGAGCUGAUGAUUCUUAUUUGAAAUCAGCAAUUGAUUAUUUGGAACUUCAGCCUGAUAUAUCUGCCCUAACUAGAGGGGCACAUACUUUCGGAAGCCCUAAUCUUGGGAUUGUUAGCUGGACUAAGUUACCCUUUUAUGAUGCUGAUUUUGGAUGGGGUAGACCGAUUUUUGUGGGUCCCGCUGCGAUUCUUUUUGAUGGUUUGGUUUACAUUAUGAAUAAUCCGAAUGAUGAUGAUGGGAGUUUGUCGGUCGCAAUCGGUCUCCAACAUGAACACAUGAAAGAAUUUGAGAGGUUGUUAUAUGACAUAUGAUUAUUAACAUGUUGUGUGUGAAUUAAGUGUUUUGAAGCAUAUAAUGAUUUUAGUUUUUUGAGAGCUUUAAAA